UUUUUAAAAUAUAAGAAAUGGUUAAAAAUUCAGCAUAAGACCCAUAAGACAAUUCUUUAUAAAUGAAAGUAAAGAAGAAAUAAAUUUGAAAUAGAUUAGAUAAUACUUAGUAUCAGGAAGAAGGCUUCCAUCAAAGGAAGAUCCAAAUCCAAAAGUAAUAAGCAUGAGAAUUUUUGCCAGAAAUACAGUAGCAGCAAAAAGCAGAUUUUGGUAUAAAAUAUAGAGUUACAAUAUAGGUGGAAUUUGAGAAGAUUAAAUAAACUAAGACCAUCACAUGGUUAGAUUUUAGCAGUUUAAGAAUUAUUUGAAAGAAGAGAUACAAAUGUAAAGACAUACGGCAUAGUUCUAAAAUAUUAAUCAAGAACAACUAUUCACAAUAUGUAUAAAGAAUUUAGAGAUACAACAUUAAAUGGUGCAGUAUCUUAAUUAUGUACUAAUGGGAUAAGUUUAUUAUUAUUUAGAUUAAGAAAUGGCAGGAAAUCAUAGAGCAUAACCUCAAACUAUUCAUAUUCUUCGAACAUCAGUUUUAACUAAGAGUGCUGAUAUCAAAAGAGGAAAAACAAAUUAAUAUAGAGUAUAAGAAUUUACUAUUUAUUAAAGGGAGAUUCUAUUAAAUUCCCAAUUGUUAAGACUGUUCCAAGAGCAAGCCAUAAAAAAUUCAGAACUGUAUUCAAAGCAAAAAGACCAAAUCUAUAUAGAUCAUGAAAAUGAUGGUUUAGU